AUGGACUCCCCGGCGUGUGAUGCGGAAAAGUCCAUGCUGCUGGAUGCUUCCGACAGUGAAAAGCUCUCCCUGGUCGACGAGACCAGCGUCGAUGGCACCAUGACCGAGAAGUCCGCUGGGCCUCAUCCCUUUAAGAAGUGGGUGGACAGCUUUCGGGCACGCAAACAUAUAGCCCCCACCAUCCCACAACGAUACGUGGAGGGCUGGUCGGAUUCUUCAGCGGAAUUCUCCGUGCCAAACCCGACGGCUCGCCAUGAGCACUGGGAGAGACUGUCGGGCCACUCGUCGCAGCUGGGCACCGUCAAGACCACGACCAUGAGCAUCGCCAGCCAGAGCUUGGCCCGGUCGAGAGGAACGACCCAGAGCACGGCGGGCCAGAGUACCAUCUCCGAUACUCGCAUUUCCGCAGAUAGCUCUCGACCCACCUCCAGCCAUUGCAUCGACGAGGCCGCGGAGCUGCGGGCGACCAAGCGUCGGCAGGUCUUGCGGGAGAUUGUGGCAACGGAGUCGGAUUAUGUCCGUGGUCUGAAAGCGCUCACUGGGAUCCUCUCAAUCUUCAACACACGGCCCGAGAUCUAUCACAACGUGCAGUCGAUCCAGGAGAUCCAUGAGCGCUUCCUCACCCAGAUCCAGGCCACAUCUCCCACAUCAGCAGCCAACGUCGAGGAUCUUGGCGCGCCUGAUGUCCUGUCGCGCGGACUUCAUAAACGUUUGGGUGCGAUUGAUCUCCCUGGGUUCAAGAACCGAUCCUUGAGAACGCGAAACUUCAAAGCAUCGCUCAAACAGCGACUGAAAGCGCUGUCGGCAGAGCCCUUUGAAGCUCUUGAGGUUGCUCGAGAUAUUGAAAAACUGGUUGGUCUCUUAACAUCCGGGCAUCGUCUACGAAUGACUGAGCACGAAAUACAGUCCAUUUCCUUUGCGGUAUACGAGGAAUUCUGCGGAAACUAUGAGCUGCUCACGCAGGAUGUUGCACUCUUACGGCGGUCGAUUCCGAAUUGGGCAGUGUUUGAUCAGGGUAUCGAGGCAUUAUCAAAGUCGGUCACGUCCACGGAAAGUCGGAAACAGGAGGAAAACCGGUCGAUGUCUUUGAAUGAUCUGCUCAUCAAGCCCGUCCAGCGUCUCUGCAAAUAUCCUCUUCUCCUGCAGGAUUUGCUCAGACACACUCCUGUUAGUGACUGCCCAUCUUCUCAUGACGGCAUCCGACAAAUCCUAGAAAGCCUACGUGUCUUGGUGACAAAAAUCAACUCGGCGACUGGGAACCCCGUGAACAAAGACCGGAUCCAGAAGACCAUUCAACUGCAAGGGAAGAUCGACUUUUCCGAUAUGCAUACACUCCGGGACAUCUACAAGGAGCUUGGCCCGAUGAUCUUGUGCGGUGUCUUGCACGUUACCUAUCAAGCGCCAGAAGGUCCCAUGGGAGAAUUCAUGGUAUGCGUUCUCUUCAAUUGCUACUUUCUCCUAGCCAAAGGGAUCGAUGACUUCCGCCGACUGGAAGUGGUGGCUUGUAUCUACAUUGGGGAUUUGAAGAUGGACACGCUGCAGAACGGAAGAGGUAAACGGCUCCCACUGACCUCUUUUGCGACCUAUUGGCUAACUGAUUCAGGAUUUUGUUGCUACGGGUGUCUGUUUUCAUGGAAGCUUCUGUUCCAAGAUCAAGAUGAGAACUACGAGUUCAUCAUGAGCGCUUCCUCGGCGACGGAAGAAAAACACUGGAAGACCGAGAUCCUGAAAUCCGUCGCAAUGCUGCCAGAGAUAGCCAAGCCAGGCGUGUGGGAUUCGAAGAAAUAUUCGUUCCUGAACAUCGCGCUCGUGCCAUUGGAUCGCGUUCAAUACGCCGCGGCUUCCCUGGCCCGGCGAUCGUCCAUUGAUUGCAUGGCAAUUUCGCGGAAGUGCCAUGUCCAACAGUUGUUCAUCAAGAAGACGCACUGUCCCCAUAACUCGGAAGAGGCUAUCAGUCAGGUCGACGGCGAGGUUGAACGGCCCAAGACUCCCGUCUCCCGCUCCGCACUGGUAGUGACCGCCAGACGGAUGGACCGCGUUCGUCUGGAGAGAUUGAUCGCCGAAGUCUACACGCGCGACGUUCUUCCCCUACCCGGAAUGGUCCUUGGACGAGGGGAUCUCUUUCGACGCGGCUCCAUCAUGAGACGACUCAGCUUCCACACGGGAUUUGCUAGGCGAUCUAGCUCCGUCAGCACCUCUCGGUCCGGGCCCGUCGCCGAUUCAGGGUCGGUGGACGAAUACACCGCAUCCCUGGCUGGUAGUGAACGUGGAGAAGACUCGCACGCGGAGUCGGAUGCCGAUUACGAGCUGCCCAAAACACCGACCUCGACUCUCGGGCGAUCCAGGACGUUACGGUUCCGUAGUGCGCCCAAGAAGGUCACCGGUCCGGCGUCUUCUCCACGUAGCGAGAAGAUUCGGUCUCAGGAUGGAAACCCAGAGUGGUCCCCGUCACGCAAGAAGUGGGGGGCUCCCAUGGCGUUGCUGAGUGCGCUGUCGCCCAGGAAUCUGAUGCGGCCGCGUUCCAGCCUGGGCCAAGGUACGGAGGAGUGA